AUGUCCUCCUCCUCCGGCAAAUCGAGCGAUUCCAUCGYCAGCAACAUCUCCAAAGGCGGACCCAUCGACCCGAUAACACGCACCGCCCUGCGAUAUACCCUGUCUCCCCGCGAAUAUGAACUCCUGCACGCUUAUUUGAUCUCCCGAGCGCCCCAACGCGUGCAGAAACAGACGCCCAGUCCGCCGAGAUAUGAAAAGAUAACGGCGAGCAAGACGGAGAGUGGAGACUACAAUUCCUCGGCCAUUAGAGCUGCGUUGAGGGUAUACAUCGGCCUUUACACUGCAUUGAAGGGAUUCGAGGUCGUCACAGAUGCCAUUGCAAGGAGAAAAGGCGGUGUUGUUGUCAAGGCUGCCGGCCCCAAACAUCGCAACGCUCGCAUCGCCCUCUCAUUCUCCUCCAUCCUCCUCUUCCACCGUCUCCUCCACCGCUUCUUCCUCCGACUACGCACCUCGCUCCUCGAAGACAAUGCAGCGCCGUUCAGGAACCGUAACCCGCUCGUCACGCGUGCUCUCACAUCCCACUUCACGCCUGCCGUAGGAGCCUCUCUAGCUGGGUUUCUCCUCGGGCUCAGUCCUUCGGAACAACUCCGCACGACUAUUGCCAUUUACACCCUUUCCCGCAGUCUCGAAUACGGGUACAAUGCUCUGUCGGAAAGUGGCAAACUGUGGGGUCCCAACGCCGAAAGGCGCCCCUGGUGGUUCGGCAGCUGGAUGAUUAUGCCGGUAGCAUGCGGCCAGCUCCUCCAUGCGUUCGUUUUCGACAGGGAUUGUUUCCCGGAAAGCUUUGGACAGUUCAUUUUGAAACGCAGUCCAGAGUACGUGCAAGUUCGCCCCGCGGGAUAUCCUUCGACGAAGCCAUACCCUACCAACUUCGACAUCGUGGAUGGAUUGGCAGAAUUGUCCAAAUUGAAAUGGCCAAAGUUCGUCUCUCCGAUCCUCUUCCCACACCACAAGAAGACACUACCAGGAUCCCAGACGGUCCAAAGAUUAUCUCCCAUCACAUCUUUCGCCCACCCCGGGACGAAACAUACAUCCUGCGCAGUCCUACACCCAAAAGACCCAAGUUGCGCUAGGACAUAUCUCAAAUACUGGAUCGCCGCUUUCCCGCCCAUCGCGAAGUUCUUCACGAUGCUCUACGGGGCUUUCGCUCUGCUUGGAUACAAAACUUUGAUCAAGACCCCGAUGCCAUUCCUCAACGCCGUCAGCAGACGUAUUCUAGCAAUGUCCGUCUUCAUCACCGGAGCAAUCGGUACCUCUUGGGGUUCUGUUUGCUUGUUCAACUCCUUCCUUCCAAAAGGCACUCUGCCGACACAGAGAUGGUUCCUUGGAGGUUUCUUGGGCGGCAUGUGGGCAUUUGUGGCCCGUGGCAAGGAGAGGGACAAUUUCAUGUACUCUUUGAGAUUGAGCAUUGAUUCUUGCUGGAAGGUUGGGAAGAAGAGGGGUUGGUGGAAGGGAGUGAAGAACGGGGAUGUGCUUGUCUUCGUGGCCAGUCUGGCUUUGAUUGAUGUGGUAUACUCCGCAAGGCCUGGCUCGGUGAAAGGUGGACUUAUCAGAAAGAGUGUGAGCAGUCUCCGGGGAGAGGGGUGGGUCGAUAAGGCGGCUGUUCCGAAGGAUGCGGAAGAGAAGGGCGAGAAGCAGGAGUGA